AUGAUUGCAUUGUAUGGGCAAUGCAUGCCACAAUUAGAUGGCAAGCCCGGUCAAAUUGAAAACGGGCACCAUUGCACGACAGGCCAUUGCAUCAAGUCAAGUUUUAUUUCAACUUGCAUAAUUUUGAAAAUUUUGAUGCCAUUUUGGAGGUCGCCACUGAGGACGCAUUUGGAUGCACGGAGAUGGAUCAUCAGAUACAUGUCAACCAAUCAGUCUUCAUUCCCAAAAAAGUAUCCGCAAUAUGACGCGCCCGAAAAUACGGAAACAUAUCGGAGCAGCAACCGCCAUCCCAAGCCGCUUCAGAAAGACCCUCUGAAAGAGCCCAGUUUUGCCUUGGGAGACCAAGGGCUUGUGUUUGCAAACAAGAAGGCAGGAUACCCUACCAAUUCACCCGACACCACAUAUCGAUCGGCAUCAAAACACUCGCAAAGUACAUAUAAAAUGCCGCUUGGCGAGUUUUCACACAAACAGCCAUGUGUUGUAGAUUCUCCUCAGCCAAAAAAGACGUCGAGGUAUCUUUCUUACUGCGAUCUACCAAACAGUGCAUCUGAAAAUUAUGCUCCUACUUCUAAUACGCAAAAUACAACCCCAUCUUCAACUGCGUCUGAUUUAUCUCCAAGUGCAUCGACCAGCGAAGAACAUUGGGCGCCUACAAGCAGCAAAAAUAAACUGCAAACUAAAGAGAAAAACAACCUCGCAAUAAAAGAAAAAGAAAAAGGCCCUUUUGACAGCAAGUGUGUUCUUGAGAAGCCUAUUGAUGGCACACCACAUACUGGGGGCUCAAUAGAUGGUGAGACUAAUCCGAUCGACCCGGUCAACGUUAAUGCAGAGGUAGGUCUUUUCUUUGAUAAUCCUGUCAAAGCCACAGGCAACCAUAUAACAGACUUUGGAGAGUUGUUCCGCAGCGUUAUUGGGAUUGAUCCGUUGACAUGGGAGGUUUAUUGUUUAAAGCUAGAAACCCCAGAGCUGAUAGGAUGCACUGAGCACCUAUUCAAUGGCCUGUCGAAGAAUUCAACCCAAAUGCUCGCUUUACAACCUUCACCGUCAUUUGUGUCGCCAUCAUUCUCGCGAAACUCAGCACAUGAUCGAUCACCAGACAAAAAAAGAGCCUUCUCAAUUGCUAAAGACCAGCUAGUUCCUGCCACAAACCCCAUCAAAAUGUACUUUGAUACAAAAAAGCCCUACACGGGCAUCGAUUUCCCCACUGACUUUAUAGAGUCCGUUUCACGGUCUGGCCGCGGGAUUUUUGGGAUCAAUUCCCUUGUAUAUGCAUCCGAAACCCUGUUUCUCGUUCUCAAUGAUCCACUUUCCGCUAUGGUCUUGUUCCAGAAAACCAAAAUUCCAGCACUGUCCAUUCCUCUUGGGCUUGACGACCCGGUUCAGCUUCGAUAUCUCGCUUCUCUUCUCUCGCAGGCAUUUUCCAAAGUAAUUUUUAUUUGUAAUGGCAUACCGAGCCAAAUGGAUUCUCUUCCAUCGCUAGAGCCAAUUCAACUGCAUUUUUCUUCGCUUUUACAGCGUUGGAGAUGCCACAUUAUUCCUGCUCACGCUGUGUUUAAAACCGUUGAAAACUCAACGCCAAUUGCAUGCGCAGCAUCAUCUGCGACUUUAAGCAUUGCGUCUGAAUCUCGGAGGCUAUGGCAGACACUUUCAGUGCUCAUGAGAGACGCCAACGGCAUCAACACACUACUUGCCUUGGCUAUCCCUUUGCCCGCGAAAAAUGUCGUUGCAUCGUCUGACUACCUUGCACAGGUGCGUCAGGAGUUAGCGCUCGGCACCCAGGCUCUCUGGGGCACACCAUUGCUCUGGUCACUUCCGCCACUCACGGACAUUAUGAAGGGGCUGCGGCCCGGCGAAUUGACCGUGCUUACUGGGCCCACAGGGUCCGGAAAAACCACCAUUCUUUCUCUGUUUUCUAUCGACUGGUGCGAGCAGCAGGUGCCAACACUUUGGGGCUCCUUCGAAAUUCCCAACCACCGUAUUCUCAAGAAAAUGAUGGUCCAACGGCGAGGAAAGCAAUUUUCUGCGGAUCCUCAUCAAGCCAUUGUGGAACUCGAGGCCGAAGCGGCAUACUUUUCCAAGCUUCCGCUGCACUUUAUGAAUUUCUUUGGUUCUGCUGCGCCAUUUUCAGACGUAUUGGAAACCAUGGCUUGGGCGGUUCAGAACCUCUCCAUCAAACACAUUAUUCUGGACAACCUACAGUUCAUGACCUCGGGUCAUGGGGGUUCCGGUAGGACACAUGCACAGCCUGUCACUUCCUUCACCAAGUUCGACUACCAAGAUAGGGUCAUUUCCGAGAUUCGUCGAUUUGCAACCGAAACCAACUGCCAUGUCACGCUUGUAAUUCAUCCCCGCAAGGAGCAGGAUAACACUAUUCUUGGCAUAUGUUCCGUCUCCGGAACUGCAAAGGCAACACAGGAAGCCGACAAUGUCUUGAUCCUUCAAAAAAUAGGGCAAAAGCGCACCAUCGACGUGAGGAAGAACAGGUUCGAUGGUGAACUUGGCCGAAUCCAUGCUGUCGAUGCAGACCAUGAUGAGGGAGAGUGCACCGAAAACUAA